AUGUAUGACACUGUGUCUCUCGCCGACCAGGCACUCGACGACCAGAAAACUUUAGCCGACCUGAGGAUGCUCGCCGACCAGACGGCGACGCUCUCGCCGACCGGCUCGCCGCCCCAGCCGGAGGCGCCGCCGAGGGAGGAGCCGCCGCCGGCCGACUUCAUCUGCCCCAUCACGACCGAGGUGAUGAGCGACCCGGUGAUGGCGACGGACGGCCAUUCCUACGAGCGGAAGCAGAUCGAGCGCUGGCUCGCGACCAAGUCGACGAGCCCGAUGACGGGCGAGGCGCUCGAGCAUAGCAUCCUCACCCCAAACCACGCGCUGCGUGGGCGGAUUCGAGAGUGGCAAGAGGCGCAUCAUUGA